AUGAUAACCGCGUACAUUUCAACCUGCAUCGAUGUAGUAACGAAGACACGAGGCGUAUAUUUUUCUUCCUUCGCCAUGGCUGACGACAAGUACGGUAUUGUCAUUGAUUCGGGUUCUUCUGGAUCAAGAAUACAAAUAUACCGUUGGGAAGACCCUUCGAAGAAGAAAGAACACGCUUCGCCCGAGGAGUUGGCAUCUCCACCAAAGAUCAUUCAAGAAGAUGGAUGGAGUCACAAGAUCUCCCCGGGUAUAUCUACCUUUGCUGAAAAGCCUUCCAAAGUCUGGAGUCAGCACUACAAGCAGCUAAUUGAUUUUGCACUGAAAGUGAUUCCCGCUAACAAAAUCUCGGAAACUCCGAUCUAUAUUCUUUCUACCGCAGGGAUGAGGCUCUUGCCGAAAUCAAAAAGAGAAAAAAUAUUGAAGAAAACUUGCCUGGAGCUUCAGAAGAAUACGAAAUAUUUUAUUUCCGACUGUGACGAACAUAUUCAGGUUAUAGACGGUGCUACAGAGGGAAUUUAUGGGUGGUUGGCUCUCAAUUACUUGAUGGGACAAUUCAACAACUUUAAGCCAGACCAAGCCGAUCACGAAUCAAUUGGUUUCAUGGACAUGGGCGGCGCUUCAACACAAAUCGCUUUUGUCCCAUCUUCGCAAGAAGAGAUUGCGAAGCAUGACGAAGAUCUUUCUACGGUUGUUAUCAAGAACAUUAAUGGAGAUGGUCAAGUUUGGAGAGUAUUUGUCGAAACCUGGCUCAAAUUCGGAGCUAACCAGGCGCGUGCACGGUAUUUAAAGAACACUCUUGCUUUAUCUGCUGAUUCGCAUUCAAAGGGUAAAGCAAAGGUCAUACAAGAUCCAUGUAUGCCUUCUGGAGCCGUCAUCGAGGACUACAAGUUUGAAAAUAAAGAAUACAUCAUUCAGGGAACCGGAAAUUAUGAAAGCUGCUUGAAGGACAUUUUUCCAUUGCUAAUGAAGCAUUUGUCUUGCAAAGAUGAGCCGUGCCUCUUCAAUGGUGUCCAUGCCCCUAAGAUGAACUUCGAGAAAGACAAAUUUGUGGGCGUUUCUGAGUACUGGUACACUGCAAAUGAUGUCUUUCAUAGUAGCGGAGAGUACAAUUUCCAUAGCUUUAAUGAGAAAGCAAAGGCUUUUUGUGAGAGCCUGUGGGACGACAUCAUGAAGAACUCAAAAAACGGUGAAUACUCUAACCUACCCGAUAAGGUUUUACUUGAAGCCUGCUUCAAAGCAAGUUGGGUAAUCAAUGUAUUGCAUGAGGGUUUCGAGCUUCCUCGUUUGGGUAUAGAGGUGAAGGAACCUUCCGAAAGCUCGGCGACCAAAGAAUUGGAUAAUGCGCAUGUGCCACUCAAAAUAGCUGACUCAGUAAAUGGUGAGGAACUUUCAUGGACACUCGGUAAGAUUUUACUUGUGGCUUCAUCACAAGUGCCUUCUAACGAUGAGGUUCACGUGGGCAUUAAGCCAAGUGCUAUGUCACUUUCUACGUCUCUGGACGAAUACGACUCAGAUGAGGAGUUUGGGCCAUCAAUGAAUUUUGUUUACAGCUUCCUAUUUUUACUAUUGUUUGUUCUCUUCUUUUACCGAUUUGGCAAUUCCCUGUUGCGCAAGAUCGGCAAACUUUUGAGAAAGCAGGGCAACGUCAAACUUCCUUCCACUUGCAAAGCAGUCCUUAAUAGAGUCAAAGCUCAUAGUCCCUCAUCCAUACGGUAUCGUAUCAACAAAGCAAUCAACUAUAUGGAAUUACAAGAGCAAGAUGAUAUCAAUUUAGAUUUAGAAGAGGGAAGCAUGAUUUCAUCGCCUUCCAGCCAGCCGGCAAACCCUCCCGAUAUAUCUGUUUUACGCACACGGUCUACUAUAAACUUGUCUGAUCUAGACGAAGGAAACUCUCCAGUCGAUUUUAUGAAUAAGCCUUUUGUCAACGUUAAGAAAUCAAACCUGUUCUAUACUCACAGAGGUGACAGCAGGGACUCACUAUCGCGCAUGUCAAGCUCUGCAUCAUUGCUGCGUGGAAAACAUACAUAA